AUGAAGUGGCUGCAAUGGGCGGUGACAUUGCUGCUGCCCUGCUGUCCCUUCUCAGCGGUGCUCAAGACCAGGACGCCUGGGCUGCCUUCUUUGGACGGUGAGUCGGCUUGGAAGCAGCUCACGGACCCGUCUGAGCAUCUUUUCAAGCUGAAUGUCAAGACGGGGGCGACGGAGUGGUAUGCAGAGCAAGCGCAAAACCAUGGGGCAGCCGCACCUCAAAGUGCCGGAGGAGUCGCCGUGAUGCCAGCGAUCACGGCCAAUGCCGGCGCAAAGCAGCCCGAGACUAAACCCCAGGCUAAAAAAGGCGAGGCAUCCGAGACCAACUGGUUCGCAGCACACGGUUGGUUGGAUGACUGGCUCGGAUGGGGUGAGACUGUGGCAGACCCCGCAUCGCAGGAAGUACGCGAUGAUGUGGCUAGGGACCUGGGGAUCCGAACGCAGCCUCCCUCGGAAGUUGUUGCUGUUGAGGCACGCAACACCGAGAAGGUAGUGCCCCAAGCUCAUGCAGCCAAUGCAUCUCCCAGCAGCAUGGAGAAGCCUCCAUCGGAGAUGCGAACCGCCCUGGCUCAGCAAGCAUCUCAAGGCCUUGAUGAAAGGACAUCCGCAGCAGAGACAGAGGAGCUGCUUGCCAAUAUCGGUCGCAAGCCCGACGUGGAGCAGGAGGCCAUCCUCAACAGCGAGGAGGAGUUGAUGCUGGAGGAGGUGUCUCGAGUGCUGCACGUCCUCGAAGAUUCCCAGGAAAAGCUUGUGAGCCAUCGCUGA